AUGGUUCGUUACCUAAUAAGGAGCCCCAGUGAGGGGCCUGGGCAAGAACAUGGACGCGAGGAGCAGAGGCAAGGGCUGAGCCCAGAUCACGCGGAGGACUAUGGGAGGACACACAGGUGCUGCAGCUACCGCAGACGCAGGUGCUGCUCCCGUAGGAAGUUGUGUAGGAUACACAGGAGGUCGUGCAGGAGGCGGAGACGCUGCUGCCGCCACAGGAGGCGCAAAGGCUGCAGAAGGAGGAGGAGAUGCAGGUGCAGAAGGUGCAGGAAGCACUAA